AUGUCUGAACAUAGAGAUGAACAAGGGUCUAGAAAUAAUCAGAAUAACAGAAGGGGAGAGGAAAGUUCUUAUAGGACUCGAACUCCCUCUCAUAGUGUCAGGUCCCGGUCUAGUACAAGCAUGCGUCUAAAUACUGAGGAUAUCCACAAUAUAGCUGUGGAAGUGGCUAAGGUAAUGAAGAAUGCACAAACCGGUAAUGUUAACCAAUCUGGAGAACGACAUGAAGAAAGCUCAGCAACCUCCACGCCAGUACAAAAGGAAGGAAUGGGCGAAAGGAAAAACACUAUUGCAACCACGCCACUAGAAGGAAAAGGUGAAUAUUCCAAAGCAAAGGAAUGUACUUAUAAGCACUUCAUGUCCUGUAAACCUCAAUCCUUUGACGGAAGAAAGGGAGCACUAGAAGCUCAAGACUGGCUCAACAGAAUGGAGUCAGUAUUAGACAUAUGUGAGUGUGAUGACCGCAACAAAGUACGGUUCGCCGUACAUAUGUUUGAAGCUGAAGCCCUUCACUGGUGGAACAUUGUGGUCCGAACAGAGGGAAAAGAAAAGGUUAAGGAGAUGAAGUGGGAGGAGUUUAUUCAUAAGUUUCUUGCUAAGUAUUGUCCUCCCAGUGAGACCGAGCAACUGGAAGUAGAAUUCUUUCAGUUAAAAAUGGGAAAUAAAACCUAUCGAGAAUAUGUUUCUCGUUUGAACGACAUAUCUCGACUGGUUUCUUAUUUAGCAUUGACUGAGGAACAACUGACCAAUAGGUUUAUUUGGGGUCUACCCUCUGAAAUGAGGGUGUUUAUCAAAUCCAAAUCCCCCAAGACUUUUGCAGAAACUGUUGAGGCUGGCGCCGUCAUGGCUGCCGAGAUGAUUCUGCGGCAGGCUGAAUCUCCCGCACCAAAAAGAAAGUGGGAAGAAAGAAAGGGGGACACCCGGAAUAACAACUUUAAAAGGCCUAAAACAUUUCCUCAAUGUCAAAUUUGCAAACGCUUUCAUACGGGGGAAUGUCGUUUUCCUUGUCCAAAUUGUAAAAAGACGGGUCAUGCUCUUCAAGAAUGCAAGGAAAAGAAGAAGUGUUUCAAAUGUGGAGACCCUAACUACAUGAGAUCUGAAUGUCCCGAACUUAAAAGAAAUGAUAGGACACAACCAAAUCAGCCAAAAGGGCGGGCAUUUGUACUCACCACGGAAGAAGCCAAGACCAAUACAGACGUUAUCACGGGUACGUAUCUCGUAAAUGAUGUAUAUGCGCGUGUGUUAUUUGAUACCGGUGCAAAUAGAAGUCUAGUGUUGACUACCUUUAGACCUUACUUGAACCAGGCAUCCCAAACCCUAGAUCAUACCUUUACAGUAGAAAUGGCUGAUGGAAGUCAAAGAGAGAUAGUUGACAUAGUUAAGAAUUGUAAAAUAAGCUUAAACAACCAUGUUAUCCCUAUAGACCUAAUGCCUAUGGAACUUGGAGAAUUCGACAUAGUCAUAGGAAUGGACUGGUUGACACCAUAUCAUGCGGAAAUUAUAUGUGACAAAAGAAUCGUCCGACUCCGAUUACCCAACGGUAAACAACUAACUGUAUCGGGAGACCGCACUGACAAGACUAAGAACCUCAUCACGAUAGCACAAGCACAUAAAUGCCUAAGGAAAGGGUAUGUUGCCUUUUUAGCAUAUGUCGUAAACACUACAGAAAAGCAGAAGGUCGAGGACGUGCCAGUAGUACGAGAAUAA